AAAAAGAAAACUUGGUAAACUCCCACCAAAUCCCAAUAUAUAACAAAAGAAGCUAGCCAAAGUCUUGAAAUUAUUCAUUUUCUUCUUCUUCUUCGUCUCUUUCAAGUUCAAAACCAACAAAAAAGAAGUAAGAGAAAAAGUUUUAUAUAUGGAAGGACUUAUUCCAUUAGUGUACAAGACAAUUAAGAGGAGUAGAACUCGCCGGCGAUAUGAAUGUCUCUCCUUUGGUGCUGCUAAUAACAGCUAUAAUAUUGAAAAUUUCUAUCCAAAUGGUUUCAUCAACAGUAAACAUUAUGAAGUGACUCCCAGUGAUAAGGUGGCUGGUGGUGGUGAACUUCAGGCGGAGAACAACCGGCACCGACUAACACAGUCCCUCCACGUGGAAUAUACCGGUGGAGUUUCGCCGGAGAUUAGCACUCCAGCGAAGGAUAAAGAACUAGUGCGUUUCAGGAGCCACCGUAGAAUGUUUUCAUGUGUAACUGGUGGAUGAUGAAGAAAAGUUAGAGAUAUUCUGUGCUCAUAAGUGAGUUCGAAUUUGGGACAGUUAUGCUUUUAAGAUUUCUUGUAAAUUGAUAUCUACUUUGUAUUAUUUUCAAGCUAUAUGGACCUUACAUAUUUUUCUAAAAAAAUAUUAUUUACUCAUAUAUAUACUAUAUUAUAAAACAUUUUUGCGAUAUGGUGUCCUAUAACACCCAUUACUAAAAGGUGUUUCUCCAACUACAUCUUUUCAAUACCUGUGUUGAUUUCCAAUUUCUUUUUGUCUUAUUUUGUUAUAUUGUUAUAUUGUAUAGCCUCCUUCUAAUAGGGUAACUAAUACUACUUGGAAAAAAGAAAUUGGUGAUUUUUAUA